GCGGGCGUGGGCGGCGUCACUGAGCCGCGCCAGCCGAGCCAGGUGCUGCCCAGCCCCUCUUCUGCCUUUACCGGCGCCUGUUGACCCCGCUUCCAUGUCGCGGGUGGACACAGCACCCCGGAACCUCCUCGCCCAUGGCCACUAGCCUCAGGAAGCCCACGCUCACCUCCUGCUCUUCCUCGGCGACCGAAACAGACGACGAGGGCGUGCGCGGCACCUGCGAAGAUGCUUCUAUGUGCAAGAGGUUUGCAGUAAGCAUCGGCUACUGGGAUGACCCUUACAUCCAGCACCUUGUGAGACUGUCCAAAGAGAGGAAGGCCCCUGAAAUUAACAGAGGGUAUUUUGCUCGAGUCCAUGGCAUCAGUCAGCUUAUAAAGGCAUUUCUGCAGAAGACGGAAUGUCAUUGUCAAAUUAUCAACCUUGGGGCUGGCAUGGAUACCACCUUCUGGAGGUUAAAGGAUCAAGGUCUCCUCCCAAGUAAAUACUUUGAGGUCGACUUUCCAACGAUCGUCACCAGGAAGCUUCAUAGCAUCAAGUGCAAGCCUGCCCUGUCAAAACCCAUUUUAGAAUUGCAUUCAGAGGACACACUUCAAAUCGAUGGACACAUGUUGGAUUCAAAGAGAUAUGCCAUUGUUGGAGCCGAUCUCCGCGACAUACCUGAACUGGAAGAGAAACUAAAGAAAUGUAACAUGAAUACACAGCUGCCAACCCUGCUGAUAACCGAGUGUGUGCUGGUCUACAUGAGCCCCGAGCAGUCUGCAAACCUGAUCAAGUGGACGGCCAGCAGCUUCGGGACGGCCAUGUUCAUAAACUACGAACAGGUGAACAUGGGCGACCGUUUUGGGCACAUCAUGAUAGAAAACCUGCGCAGACGGCAGUGCGACCUGGCAGGCGUGGAGCCCUGCCAGUCCUUGGAAUCGCAGAAGGAACGGCUCCUGUCGAACGGGUGGGAGACUGCAUCGGCCGUGGACAUGAUGGAGCUGUACAGCCGGUUACCGCGGGCCGAAGUCAGCAGAAUAGAGUCGCUCGAAUUCCUGGACGAGAUGGAGCUUCUGGAGCAGCUCAUGCAGCAUUACUGCCUCUGUUGGGCCACCCGAGGAGGCGGCGAGCUAGGCUUGAAGGAGAUCACGUACUCAUCUGUUCAAGGCUCAAGCUGAGCUGACGCUGAAGACCCUGGUCUUCCUGGACUUCCCUGAGCGCCGGCCGGGCCUCGUCUGCCGGUCCAUACCACCCCCACCCCCAUCACGAGGGCUGUCACAGCAUUUCCUGCUCUGUUGAUUUGUCCUUUAAAUAAACCUCAGUUGCUAUUGCC